CUUCGAGUCCGCUAAAAAAAAAAUUCAUAAAAAAUUCAUACGUUGUCGGUAGUCGGAAAGCAAUGCCUUUCCAACGGUGUACGUGUUUGUUCCUGUCUGUUGUGUGCAUUUCUCCAACAGUCAGUCAGGCAUGCUAUUGGCUGACUACGUGUAAACAUGACUUGUCAAUGCAACAGCAGCAGCAUCUGAGUAGCAUUGUUAAAGUCUUAGUGUUAGCGAUCACUGGGAUGCAUGUCUGCAGCGACUGUGGUUGAAGCAGAGGCCGCUCAGGCUGAGUUCCAGGAGUCGCAGAACCCGUGGCCCCACCUGGAUGGUUAUUUUGUCCUCAAGUCAAGGGAUACGAAAAACUCCAAUAUUUUGUAUUUCCUGUGCGUCAUGCGCCAGCCCAAAGAGACCAUCAUCAAGGGACAGGUGGUGAGCCUCUACAACUUGAAGUUGCAUGUUAAGAGGAAACACCCAGCGCAUGCCAUCAAGUUUGAGGAGAGAAUCAAGGCCGGAUCUUCCCAUGGAAAACACAGGAAAUCUUCUUGUGGCAGCACCACUAGUAGGAGCAGUAGCCAGUUAUCACAGCCACCUGCAAAGACAGCACGCCAGACCACCAUUGGCAAAGCGUUUGUUGCUGCUGGCACUAGCGUCCGUCAGUCUGUGGUGGGCACAAAGAAUGUGAACCUAUUCGUCUGCAACAUAUUACUACCUUUGUCAGCCUGAUCAAGACGCUGAACCCCAGCAAGACGUCGAUGUCCAGCCGCACCCUGGGCAGGAGGAAUUUGGUCAGCCAUAAAUAGGUGGAGGAGUAUCGUAUAAGGUAUUUAUGAGUUAACUGCCUGGAGGCAGCUUAUUAAACUACUACUAUACCUUUUUUUAUAUUUUCUUAAUUUUUGUGGGUAAUGUAAGCUAUGAGUUUAGAAGUACAGUACCUUUCCCAGUGUUGUAAAGUAACUACAGUCUUACAAGACACACUACAGUCUUACAAGACACACUACAGUCUUACAAGACACACUACAGUCUUACAAGACACACUACACUCUUACAAGACACACUACAGUCUUACAAGACACACUACAGUCUUACAAGACACACUACAGUCUUACAAGACACACUACACUCUUACAAGACACACUACAGUCUUACAAGACACACUACAGUCUUACAAGACACACUACAGUCUUACAAGACACACUACAGUCUUACAAGGCACACAACAGUC